AUGGCGCACAAAGUGAAGAAGGAGACUCCUGCCCCUCCCAAAACUGAAGCCAAAGCAAAGACCUUGAAAGCGAAGGAGGCGGUGCUGAAAGGUGUUUACAGCCACAAAAAGGAGAAGAUCCGCACGUCGCCCACCUUCCAAUGGCCCAAGACCCAGUGGCCCAAGUCCCUGCGGCUCUGUAGGCAGCUCAAAUAUCCUGGAAAGAGUGUGCCCAGGAGAAACAGGCUUGACCACCACGCCAUCACCAAAUUCCUGCUGACCACCGAGUCAGCCAUGAGGAAGCUAGAGGACAACACGCUUGUGUUCACUGUGGAUGACAAGGCCACAAGCACCAGAUCAAACAGGCUGUGA